CUGUAGUCACUGGUUCUGGUAAUUUCGAAAGCAUGGCUACCGCUUUCAGACUGAGACUUGCGAUUAAAUGCGGAAGAAACGUUUCAAGACCAUUAAGUCGGCACUUAGAAAGAAAGAUUUUGGAAAAACAAUGUCAACAAUUUGUUGCUUUAGCAGGUACUUCAUUCAGAUACCUAUCCUCUCAAGCUGCAACACAGACAACAGAAAGUCACAAUAUUAUAAAAGAUGCAGAGAAAGUUAUAGGUGAAAGUGAUAAACAUGAAUUUCAAUCAGAAACACAAAUGCUUCUACAAAUUGUUGCAAAAUCCUUAUAUUCAGAAAAAGAGGUGUUCCUUCGCGAACUAAUCUCUAAUGCAAGUGAUGCACUUGAAAAACUAAGAUACAUGCAGUUAACUGAUGGUAAAGCAGCAGAAAUUAUUGGCAGUAGAAAUUUAGAAAUUCACAUUGCUACUGAUAAACAAAAUAGGACUCUUACAAUUCAGGAUACAGGAAUUGGUAUGACCCGUGAGGAAUUAAUUUCAAAUCUAGGAACAAUAGCUAGAUCUGGUUCUAGAGCAUUUUUAGAAAAAUUGAAAGAAAAGCAAGAUGCUGGUGAUGCAUCUCAAAUUAUUGGGCAGUUUGGUGUUGGUUUUUACAGUACCUUUAUGGUUGCUGAUAAAGUGGAAGUAUUUACAAAAUCAUAUGCACCAGAUGUUGAAGGUCUUUGCUGGACUUCUGAUGGUUCCAGUACUUUUAAAAUUGCGAAAGCUGAAGGAGUUCAACCAGGAACAAAAAUUGUUAUACAUCUGAAAGCCGAUUGCCGAGAAUUUAGCGAUGAAGAUACGGUAAAUCGUCUUAUUACGAAGUAUAGCAACUUUAUCGGUUGUCCGAUUUAUUUAAAUGGUAGAAGAGUUAAUACUAUUCAGCCAUUGUGGAUGCUCGAUCCAAAAGAUAUCACACCGCUUCAACAUGAAGAAUUCUAUAGAUUUAUCGGAAAUUGUUUCGAUAAACCUCGAUUCGUAUUACAUUACACGACCGACGCUCCACUUAAUAUUAGAGCCUUGUUAUAUUUCCCGGAAGAAAAACCACCAUUAUACGAUUUCAUUAAAAACGAUACGAGCGGUGUCUCUUUAUACAGUCGUAAAAUCUUAAUCAAAAACAGAGCAGAAAAUAUCUUACCGAAAUGGUUGCGUUUUAUCAAAGGAGUUGUUGAUUCUGAAGAUAUUCCUCUUAAUUUAAGUCGCGAAUUAUUGCAGAAUAGUACUUUGAUUGGAAAAUUAAGAAAUGUUUUAACGGCACGAGUUUUAAAAUAUUUACAUGAACGGUCUCAGAAACAACCGGAAGAGUACAUUAAAUUUUAUAAAGACCAUAGUAUUUUCUUGAAAGAAGGCAUUAUAAGCACCGAUAAUCAGAAGGAAAAGGAAGAAAUAGCGAAACUUUUGCGAUUCGAGUCAUCUGCAACGGCACCAGGAGAAGUAAUUAGUCUCGACGAUUAUUGUAAACGAAUAUCCCCAAAUCAGAAAAAGAUAAAUUAUCUUGUAGCACCAAGCCGGUCCUUAGCCGAACAGUCCCCCUAUUAUGAAUCACUAAAAAAACGUAAUAUCGAAGUAUUGUUUUGUUACGAGGCACACGAUGAUGUAAUUUUCUUACACUUAAGAAACUAUAAAUCUUAUACUUUAACUUCUAUUGAAGAAGAGAUGCGUGAAGCGGAUUCAAGUAAAUCUGACAGUUCUGGUAUUAUUGAUCAAGGCGAAAUUAGUAAUCUUUUGAACUAUAUGAAAAAGGUUUUAGCAGGAAAAGCACAUGACGUUAAGAUAACUAAUCGACUAGAGUCGCAUCCAUGUGUGAUCACGGUUCAAGAUUUGGCAAGUGCGAGGCAUUUCACUCGCAUACAAACUCGCCAAUUAAAAGAUGACGCGUUAUAUCACUUGCUUAAACCAUCAUUUGAAAUAAAUCCUAAUCAUCCUAUUGUUAAAAAGCUUUGUAGCUUAACAAAUACGAAUUCUAAAUUAGCCGACCUUCUUAUAAAACAGUUAUUUACCAAUAGUAUGGUUGAAGCUGGUUUGAUUGAUAAUCCACGAUUACUGGUAGCCUCGAUGAAUGAAUUAUUGACUGAAGCAUUAGAAAAAUAUUAGUUCGAUAUGGUUACUAAAGUCUACUUUAAGAAGUUAUGACGACGCUGUAUAUACAUACCUGUUCUUCGAAUAAGAUAAAUAUUUGUUAAUUAUAAAACAUUUUUUUAUUCGUACAAAUUAUUUUGUAGAAAAAAGUUUAUGUUACUUAGAAGGAAAUAAAUAUUAUUGUAUUUA